UUUUAUUUCAGUCUUCUGUUCAAGCUCCACUAUGUCAGGUAAGUAUUUUUUUUUUCUCUUUAUUUACAAGCAACUAAAUUAACACUCCAUUUUUGAAAGAUCAAAAUCUUUUACAAUUCAUAAUUCCAGAAAAAUAUCGACCAGGAACAGAUUUGAUGUCGAAAUUAAUAUUGCAAGAUAAAAGAGUGAUGAAUCUAGUAUUGGAAUCACUCAUUGGUAAAGAUGCCAUUGAUUGCUAUGUUUCUAGCCCAUGCGAAUGGAUUGAUGGUCGCCAUGCCGACAUUUUGUAUACUCCAAUUUUACCAGCCUCAGAAGCCCUCCCACCUGUUAUCAUUGAAAUUCAAAACGUUGUAGAUAAGCCUUUUAUUCGUCGUUUAAUAAAAUACUGCAGUCAUGUUAUUGACACAUAUCAAGUCGAACCUGUUGCUUUGACAAUAUGUGUAAAUUCAGUAAGAAAAGAAGUAAAAAACAAACUUCAAGAAACAAACAAAGCAACAUAUAUGAAGAAGCUUGCAAGCGACGAUUGGGCGCAAGCUCAUUAUUUUAUAAGCGAAGAGACAAUUAGGUCUUCUCUUGAGGCACCAUUAUCCCCAAUGGUUGCCUUAAGUUAUGUUAUGAUUAAACAGCAAGUGUCUAUAAUUGGGUUGGAACACAGAAACGAUCCAACUGUUCAAAUGUUAUAUAGUAUUGCUAAAGAAGUCCUCGACCAUCAGAUUCAUAAAGAGGAAAAAAUUAUUGAUGUAUUGUUAAAUGUCUGCCAUAACAAUCGCGAUCAAUAUAAACGAAUUAUAGAGGCUUUAGAAGAAGAUUGCAGUGCAAAGCGGGCACGGUUAUAUGCUGAUGAUGGUUUACUGUAUGCUGAAGCAUGCAUACGUAAAUAUAAUCAUCGAGGAUCAUGCUCCACGAUGAGCGAACCAUUGGAUUUGCCAGAAGGAGUGACAAAAGAAGGCAGUAGCAGCAGCAGUAGCAGCCAAAAUCCUUUGCGGGUAAUAGAGCCUGAUCGAAAGAUGACGGAUUUGGAGUGGGCAGGUGAGUUCAUCAAACAAUGCAAAGAUGAUAAAAUAAGGAUGAACUGGCAAGUUUGCUUCGCCAAAGGACGAGAAGCUGGUUUUUUUGAAACCUAUGCAAAUGCUCAAAGUUUAAAGAGUACUUACAAUGGUCAGAAAUUGAAAAAAUAAACAAUUUGAUACCAUAUUAUUAUACUUUUUAUAUUGUGUUUCCGCUCUCAAUUUGUCUACUAUAAAAAAAAUCCGUAUAAAUACUAAGGUGAUUACAA